UUCCUGUGCAGUGACGAGACAAACAGUUUAAUUUCCGGGCCGUGUCCCCGGCAACAGUGAGGCCUGUUUACUACUCCGGAGCCUCGGACUGUCCCGUGCCCCUAGGAGGAUGCGCCCCGACAGUAUCGCGGUGAAACUGGCCGAGCAGCCGCGGGCCCCCAGGGUGGUGCUGCCGUUGCCCGAGGAGCCUCCGCCGGGGCCCGGCGGUGGCCUCCGCAUCUCCGCCCUCAAGGAGCUGAUCGCCGAGAAGCUACCCGGAGCCGCGCCGGCCCCCGAGCUGAUCGAGCUGGUGUACUGCGGGCGGAAACUGAAAGAUGAACAGACGCUGGAUUUCUAUGGGAUUCAAGCAGGCUCCACCAUCCAUGUUCUGAAGAAGUCCUGGCCGGAACCAGAACAGAAGCCUGAGCCCGUGGACCAGGCCGCGGCAGCACGUGAGUUCCGUGUACUCCAGGCAGCGCUUCACGCCAGCCCUGCCUACAGGGAGGCGGUUUUCAAGAUGCUGGGUAAUAAGGAGUCACUGGACCAGAUUAUUGUUGCUACACCAGGUCUCAGCAAUGAUCCCAUUGCUUUAGGUGUACUUCAAGACAAAGAUCUAUUUGUGCUUUUCACUGACCCAAGCCUGCUGGACACGUUAGUUUCCUCACACCCUGCACUGGUCAAUGCAAUGGUGCUGGUCCUACACUCUGUGACUGGCACUACCCCUCCUCCAGCUGCUGGCGGCAACUCCAGGAAUAUCCCAUCUAGCUCGUACAGUGAAGUGCCAGGGGGAUUCCUCUUUGAUGGUCUGUCUGACGAUGAGGAUGAAUUUCAGCAGUCCCGGCCCACUGCUUCCUCAAGCAACACCUCCGGCUCUCGCCCUUCUACUUUGGGUUACAGUGGUUCUGUGGGACCUCGGCCCAUUACUCAGAGUGAGCUGGCAACCGCGCUGGCCCUGGCCAGUACGCCAGAGAGCAGUGCUGUCACCCCAACAACCGGGACGCAGGGCACAUCAUCAAGUCUGUCUCCGGUGAUGAAUUCAGGCGCACCGUCAGCUGCCCCCAUCAGUCACGACAUAUUCAGCCAGGCCCUGCAGCAGGCACUACAAGCCUCCAACAUCUCGGCUCUUCAGAACCAGUGGCAGCCCCAGCUUCAGCAGUUGAGGGACAUGGGGAUCCAGGAUACUGAGCUGAGCCUUCGCGCACUGCAGGCAACCGGAGGAGACAUCCAGGCUGCGCUGGAACUCAUUUUUGCUGGAGGAGCCCCUUAGCUUGGUUGGCUGGAGCCUGUGGAGCUGCUAUAGAAAGCAAGCAACUGGGAGUCCAUGGCAGAGUAGUUAACUCCAAAGACUGGUGUGUGUUAAAAGGAAAUGUAAUUGUAGGGUAAAUACUACAUUGGUAAGUAGAUGGCCCCAGUGUGAGUCCUGGAUAUCUUUAUCCAAAGGAAAAUAUUGAGAUAACUGGUUUAAUUUAAAAAAAAAAUUCCUGUUGAUUUUAAAAGAUCUAGGAGAAAUCUGCUGGUCAUAGUUUAUGUCUGUUGGAGGUUGAGACACUGCCAUCGUCAGCUGCCUGACCUGGUUAUCACAAACUUUUAGAAAGGUUUGGAUCCUGUGAUUCUCUUGGCUUUACCUCAGCAGCAAAUUGUGCAGGGUCAGACGUUACAUGUUGAGUUUGCUGUUCUUUGCCCUACUUAUUGAGUGCUAUCCCCAGUAGGGGGAGCUUGUUCAAGCUUCUCUAAUUCUAACAAUCUAUUACUCCCUCCCAAAACAGAAACGGAGCCUGAGUCAGCACUUAAAAUUACUAGCAGCUUUCUUACAGAAGUUCCCCUUUAAAAUGUAUAGAUUUUAAAUUACAGUUUUGAGUAGUUCCAGAUCUGCCUUUUUAUGUUGUGUAUUCUGCCAAUGGAGAUAUGCAUCAGUUAUUUUUCAUCAAAUUAUUAAACAUUACUGUGUGUAUUACAGUUCAGUCCAUGCUGAACAAGUAGUUACAUGGUUUUGGAAAAUGUGAUGAUUUUCUUAUGGCAAUGAGCUUCUGAACAACAUGUCUGGCCUUUGUCAACUUGACAUUUACUGAUGUGUUGCCACCAGAGGGAAGGUCCCUGACAACUAGUAGACACCCAACAAUUGCUUCCAUGUGGGGACCUGGCAUUGUGCUAUGUUGCAUAGCAGUUUGGAAAGCAGCCUUGGAUUCUUCCUUUUCCUCCCUUCACGUGACUAUUGGUCAUUUGGGAUCUUGGAGAAUUGCUGCAUCUAAGAUUCUCAGAUAGUCAGUGAAGAUGAUAGGUUUGAGAACAAUGGAGCCGUUGUGUGUUGUAAUAAUUUUAAGUGUAUCAAACAUUAAAGGUCACCUUAUGUCAUGAA